CCCACGCCUGCCGAUUUGUGUAACUGCGUAUACAUAUACUAGGUACCCGGCCACACGAUCCUUGGAAACUAUAGUUUAACCGAAAAUAUCCAAAAACAGAAGAAUAGAGAAGAAUGUGCUGCAACUAUGGUAGCUUCUCUUUCAUUCCAUCCAUCCGGUCCAAGUCGUCCGACACACUUUCCUCCUCUCUCUCCUUCCAACCCAGACCCGGACCGACUUUCAGUUUUAGACCAUUGAAAUCCACUUUCAUUGACAACGUUUCGCUAUCACCUGACCGCCCCGUCAGCUUCUAUGAUCUUCUGGGCAUAUCCGAAACUGGGACCCAAUUGGAGAUCAAACAAGCAUACAAACAGCAGGCCCGGAAGUACCACCCGGACGUGUCUCCUCCUGAUAAGGUCCAGGAGUAUACUGAGAGGUUCAUUCGGGUCCAGGAAGCCUAUGAAACGCUGUCGGAUCCUAGGAGGAGGGCCUUGUAUGAUAGUGACAUGGCUGAGGGACUCCACCCUGCAUUUUCUGCCCGUGGACGUAACAAACUCGAUGAGCAAAUGGAAGAGAAAAGUCAUUGGAAUAGCCGUUGGCAAUCUCAACUAUCAGAGCUGAAAAGAAGAAGUAUUUAUAAGAACUCGAGUGAUAAUAUUUCAUGGGGGGAAAGAAUGCGCAGGCAAAGGAAUUCGUCAUCAUCCUAAAGUGCUAAUCCUUUAUUUAUUACAAGUUUAUAUAUAUGAAAAUAUUUUUUUUUUCUUGAUUUUUGUUAGAGAUUUAGUGCACGUUUAUAAUGCGAUUUAGUUAAGGAUUUUGUGUCAAAUAUAGGUAACAUAUGUUGUGACCAAAACUGUGGGUCAGAUAAGAUAAUAUAUAACAUCUGUUGUGAA